GAGCCGCGUCACGUGCCGGGAAGAAAGUGCUGGCGGCGCUCCCGGCGCGGGCUGCGCGGCCAUGGCAGCUCCGGAGCCGCUGUCCCCAGCGGGCGGCGCGGGCGAGGAGGCGCCAGACGAGGACGAAGACGAAGCGGAGGCCGAGGACCCCGAGCGGCUGGCAGGCGCGGGCGGAGGGCGCAGCGGCAGCAGCGGCGGGGCCGGGCCCGGGACCGGGGGAGGCGGCGGCGGCGGCGGCCUGGGAUGCGCGCUCACCCGGCGCGCAGUCACGCUGCGGGUGCUGCUGAAAGACGCGUUGCUCGAGCCCGGCGCCGGGGUUCUCUCCAUCUACUACCUGGGGAAGAAGUUCGUGGGAGACCUGCAGCCAGACGGGAGGAUCAUCUGGCAGGAGACGGGGCAGGUUUUCAACUCACCCAGCGCCUGGGCCACCCACUGCAAGAAGCUGGUGAACCCGGCCAAGAAAUCUGGCUGCGGCUGGGCCUCCGUCAAGUACAAGGGCCAGAAACUGGACAAGUACAAGGCUGCCUGGCUCCGGCGGCACCAGCUCCAUGUACCUGCAGCUGCCGCUGAUGAGAGCCCAGCCAGUGAAGGGGAGGAGGAGGAGCUGCUGAUGGAGGAGGAGGAAGAGGAGGCCUCGGCGGGGGUUUCAGCAGCAGAGGACAAGAGCCGGAGGCCACAGGGGAAAGUCCCCUCUGAGCCCACCCACCAGGAGGCCACGCCCCCGGGGAAGUGCGUGGAAAACAAGAUCCGGGUACCUGUUCGCUAUUGCAUGCUGGGCAGUCGGGAUUCCGCCAGGAGCCCCCACACCCUGGUGGAAGUGACGUCCUUUGCAGCCAUCAACAAGUUCCAGCCGUUUAACGUAGCCAUUUCCAGCAACGUGCUGUUCCUGCUGGACUUCCACAGCCACCUGACUCGGAGCGAAGUCGUGGGGUACCUGGGGGGCCGCUGGGACAUCAACAGCCAGAUGCUGACCGUGCUGAGAGCUUUCCCCUGUCGGAGCCGCCUGGGUGACGCAGACAUGGCGGCCACCAUCGAAGAGGAGGUCUACCAGAGCCUGUUCCUGCGGGGCCUGUCCCUGGUCGGCUGGUACCACAGCCACCCGCACAGCCCAGCGUUGCCCUCGCUGCAGGACAUCGACACGCAGAUGGACUACCAGCUGCGCCUGCAGGGCUCCAGCAAUGGCUUCCAGCCCUGCCUGGCUCUGCUCUGCUCGCCUUACUACUCUGGCAACCCAGGCCCUGAGUCCAAGAUCUUGCCCUUCUGGGUGAUGCCACCCCCUGAGAUGCUGCUGGUAGAGUUCUACAAGGGCGCCCCCGACCUCGUGCGGUUCCAGGAACCCUGGAGCCAGGAACAUACCUACCUGGACAAGCUGAAGAUCUCCCUGGCCAGCCGGACGCCCAAGGACCCAGGCCUGUGCCACGUGCUGGAGCAGGUUUACAGCGUCCUCAAGCAGGGCAGCUGA